AUUUGUUUUGUGGUUCUGUGACUGCAAUCUACUGGAGGCACAAUGGUAAAUGAAACCCUUGAAGAAGUUGUGAUUUCUGGAGUGUCAGGUGUGUUUCCAUACAGCGCCAAUGUAGAUGAGCUGGCUGAUCACCUUUUCUCCAAGACUAAUCUUGUAAGGAGUGAUGACUGCCGCUGGAAGGUGCCAGAGAAAUCCAUUGUGCCUCCAGCUACAGGAAAAAUACCAGCUCCUGCUGCAUUUGAUACAGUACACUUUGGGAUCCAUAGGAAACAGACAGAAUCAAUGGACCCUCUUUGUUGCCAAGUGUUAGAAAGAGCGUUUGAAGCAGUCAUAGAUGCAGGUAUGAAUCCAGCUGAAAUUAGAGGGACAAAUACUGCUGUAUAUGUGGCAACAGGAAUGAGUGAUGCAGACAAUGUAUUUGAUUAUGAGGCCACUGGUGAUGGCUUUGGUGUAAUGGGACACAACCGUUCAAUGAUUGCUGCAAGAGUUGCUUAUUAUUUAGAUACCAAAGGUCCUACCUAUGUUGUCAUUACUGCCUGGGCAGGAGGACUACAGGUUUUAGAGUUGGCAUACAAAGCAAUAAGUGAAGGAAGAUGCAAAGCAGCUCUUAUUGGGUCUGCAAAUCAUGUACUUUAUCCUAAUAUGUGUCAUCACAUGGUCAAAGCAGGUCUUCUCAGCCCAGAUGGUGCAACUCGGUCCUUUGAUGAUGCAGGGAAUGGUUAUGGGAGAAGUGAAGCAUCAGUUGCCUUAUUUCUUCAGCGUAAAAGAGAUGCCAAACGGAUCUACUGUUCUGUUCUUGGUUCUGGGGUUACCUGUAUGGGAGACAGACAAUGUUUCUAUCCAGCCACGCAACUACAGUUCACACAUCUGCUGAGAGAAUUUUAUGAGAAGUUUCCUGUUAAUCCUUCAGAAAUUUCCUAUUUAGAGGCUGAUGGUUCCGCGGCUUUGGGAAAUGAUCGAGAGGAGCUCAAUGCAGUGGAUGAAGUUCUCCUUAAAGAUAGAAAGAAUCCUCUACUUCUGGGGUCUGUGAAGUCAAAUAUUGGACACACUGAAGCAUCUUCAUCACUUUGUUCAAUCGUAAAACUUGUUAUAGCAAUGAAAACAAAAUGUAUUCCUCCAAAUCUCCAUUACAAUAAGCCCAUAUCUGGUGUUCCUGCUCUUACAAAUGGCAAAUUACAGGUAGUGACAGAGAGUACACCAUGGGAAGGUGGACUGGCAGCUGUCACCAGUAGGGGAAUUGAUGGAAAUUAUGGCCAUGCAGUUCUGAAAUCUUAUGAUCACAAAAACCCCACAAUUGAAGAUGAUUUACCACGACUUGUGACUAUGUCAACCAGAACAGAAGAAGGACUGAAUAAAAUACUAUCAAAAGUGGAGUCAAUGCCACUGGACAAAGAAUAUAUUAAAUUAUUACAUGAUAUUUAUGCUGUAAACAUCCCAAACUAUAUGCAAAGAGGAUACACAAUUUUGACACAAGGAGAAACAAAAAGGGAAACUGAGUUCUGUACAACAGCAAAUCGUCCUGUCUGGUUCAUAUUCUCUGGAAUGGGCAGCCAGUGGGCACAGAUGGGUUCACAACUGAUGAAGUUGCCAAUAUUUGCAGAAUCAAUUAGGAAGUGUCAUGCAACACUAGAGCCACUGGGUAUUGAUUUAAUCAAUAUAAUAACAACAACAGAUGAAUCAGUAUUUGACAAUAUUGUCAACUGUUUUGUUGGGAUUGCUGCCAUCCAGAUUGCAUUAGUCGACAUUCUAUGUAAACUUGAAAUACAUCCAGAUGGUAUAAUUGGUCACUCUGUUGGUGAAUUGGGUUGUGCAUAUGCAGAUGGUUGCCUCACAGCGGAACAAAUGAUACUUGCAUCUUACUAUCGAGGAAUAGCUACGCUUGAAGCAGAACUUAUUAAAGGAAUGAUGGCUGCCGCUGGUUUGGGUUAUGAACAGAUAAAAGAUAUUCUUCCUCCAGGAGUUGAAGUAGCAUGUCAUAAUUCUCGUAGUAGCUGCACACUUUCUGGUCCAACAAAAAGUGUUGAAGACUUUGUUGAUGUACUGAAGGGAAAAGGCAUAUUUGCAAAAUCUGUGAAUGUUGCAAACGUAGCAUAUCACAGUACAUACAUCAAACCAGCUGCUCCACUUCUUCUUAAUUAUCUAAAAAAGGUCAUUCCAGAUCCAAAGCCAAGAUCAUCAAAAUGGAUUUGCACAUCAAUGCUACAAAAAGACUGGGACACUGAUUUGGCAAAAACAGUGUCAGCAGAAUACUUAACAAACAAUCUAUUGAGCUCUGUUUAUUUUGAAGAAGGGAGUGCCCAUAUACCAAAGAAUGCCAUAUGUAUUGAAAUAGCUCCCCAUGGUCUCUUACAAGGUAUUCUGCGCAAAUCCCUUAGUCCAGAUUGUACUAAUAUUCCUCUCACAAGGCGACAAGAAAAGCAAGGCGUGGAAUACCUUCUUUCAGCAAUUGGCAAAUUGUAUCUGUGUGGGCUAGAUCCUAAGGUAGCAGAAAUAUAUCCACCUGUACCAUUACCAGUAUCGGCAGGCACACCAUUUAUAUCUCCAAUUUGUCAAUGGGACCAUUCGGAAGAAUGGCCAGUUAUUUCAACUCUAGAGGGGACUGUUUCUGGUGAAAUAUCUAUUGAAUUCAGUAUGGUCCAGGAAGAAACAAGGGAUUACACUGAAAAUGUGCUAGGAGGAAAUAUUGUUAUUCCACCUGCAGCAUUUCUGAAAAUAGCACUGCAGCAACUAAUGUAUGUUAUGGAGCAGCCAAAUGACAAUGUGCCUGCUGUCUUUGAAAAUGUCUUCAUUCAUCGAAUUGUUGUUUUACCAAGAACAGGGACUUUGAAGUUCAUGCUUCUAAUUAAAAAAGGAAGUGGGAAGUUUGAAUUUAUUGAGAAUGGACAGCUAAUUGUAACGGGCAAAAUUAUUUUACCUGAGGACAUUGAUAAACAGUUCAGUUCCUUUCCCAGAAUAGCCAAUACUGGUACUAAACUGACUGAAGAUGAUAUUUACACUGAAUUUAAACACCGUGACCAUCAGUAUAGUGGUAAAUUCCGAGCUAUAAACUCUGUGGUGGUAAAUGAUACAGGAUGCAUUGCUACUGUAAAGACUUGUGGACAAUGGACAAUACUUGCAGAAAAUUUGUUGCAGUUAGUAAUGUUACAUAAUGCAGAAUCCAGCCAGGAUCUUCAUUAUGUUUCAUCAAUUAGAAGGCUAGUUUUAAAUCCAUCAAAACUGCCACAGAAUUUGGAAGAGACAGAAGCCAUAUUUCACAAGCAUUUAAAUAUUGUGAAAUGUGAUGGACUAGAAAUAUGUGGGACUGACAUAAAUGUUCCUCCAAGCAGUUUUCCAAAGAAAAUGGUACUAAAGCUUGGAAGUGUGAAGUUCGUAUCACACAACAGAUCCACAUUUAAGAAUAUAAAUGAAUUUGUAGAUGUUUCACUACAAAUUAUCCUAGAAAAUAAAGCUGAUGAAUUAAAAUCCAGAACCAAAGGAUCUGUGAAAGACAUCUGUAGUGAUCGUAAUUUGUCUGAAACUGUGCAGUCAUCAUUAAGCAAUUUUCCUGAAAUACAGAUUGACAUUGAUCGAGCUAGUGAUUUCAAAGAUGCACAAGCUACAGGAAAAAUAUUGUCAGACUGCAUUUUGGUAAUCGCAGAUGAGACCUCUUUAACGACUGCUGAAUCAUUACUUCAAGGAAAUGAAAUGUUUUUGCUUGCUGUUGUUUCCAAUAAAAGUUCAUGGGAACAAGGAAAAAAUACUGUGACUGUGAUUCAAUACUGUAUUAAUGGGAAAAAAUACUUGCUGUUGAAGAAGGAAAGAAAAAUUGAUCAAAAUAGGAGCAGCCUUGUAAGCGCAGUACCUAAGACUGAGAAGUGGAUUCAAAAUCUGAAGUCUGCUGCUGAAAAAUGUACAAGCCCAUCUCACAGGGUGUAUGUAGUAUCUAGAGCUUUACCUCAGUGUGGAGUGGAAGCAUUUGUCUCCAUAAUUUAUAAGCUCACAAACUCAAACAACAUACGGUACUUUUUCAUUCUGGAUGAGACUGCACCAGAAUUUUCCUUAUCUGACAACUUCUAUAAGCAGCAACUUCUUCUAGAUCUAACAGUUAAUGUUUAUGCUGAAAGUUCAUGGGGAACCAUUAGGAGUGUGUUGCCAUUAAGGGCAAAUACUCUUAUUGAGGAGGCAUCUGUACAUUUAAGGGUCAAUGAUACUGACCUGAGCUACAUUGGCCUUAACAAAAUGGACCCAUCUACCAUCAGUGACACAGAAAUGAAAGAACAAUCUAUGAAACUGGGUGUAAUAGAUUUUGCCGGACGUAACAGAAAAGGUCAAAGAAUUAUGGGUCUUAUACAUCCAGAUACCCUCAAGACUAGUGAACAUCUAACGUGGAACAUUCCAGACAACUGGAGUCUAGAAGAUGCUGCUACUGUGCCCUUUGCAUUUGCUAUGGCAUACCUCUCAAUAAAGCUGUACGUUACCAAUCAUGAUCCAGAUAAAAAAAUACUUAUUCAUUCUGGUUGCACACCAUUUGGUGUAGCUGCCAUAAAUGUGGCCUUGAAAGAAGGCUAUAAAGUGUGGACAACUGUGGGUUCUGAUGAGGAGCGUACUAUCCUGAAACAGACAUUUCCACAGAUAAAUGAUGACUGUAUCUACAGCUACGAUGAUCGAAAAGUAUACAAUAACAUCCUCCUUACAACCAAAGGACGAGGUGUCUCACUAGUAAUAAACACACUCACGGGAGACAAGAUGGAACACUCACUAUUUUGUGUUGAAUACUUUGGAACUUUUAUCCAGCUAGCACAAGCAGACCUUGACAAAAAUCACAAAUUAGGAAUGAACCCAUUUCUAAGGAGUAUUUCAUACUAUGGAAUAUCAUGUAACAAGUUAUUUGACUUAAAUGAUGACCUGAAAUUGAGAUUACAUAGGGAAGUAAAAGAAGGUAUAAAAAAGGGAGUUGUCAAACCACUGAACAGGAUAGUUCUUGACCAGCAUGAAACUCACAAGGCCAUGAAAUUCCUGUUUGCAAAGAACAGUUAUCAAAAGGUGCUCCUGAAAUCAGAUUCUCCACAAAAAAAAUCUCUAGCAGUAGUAAACAACAAUUUGGAGGUUAGAUUUAACUGUGAAUCUGAUAGUUCUUACUUAAUAAUAGGUGGCAAAAAUGAAGAAUGGCUCAGCCUGACACAAUGGCUUGUGAAACAUGGAGCAAAGAAAAUCGUCAUUGCUCAUCAGACAGAGAAAGGGAACAACUAUGUAACCCGAAGACUUAAUUUAUUUAAAAAGUAUUACAAUUCAGAUAUAGUAUUAGAGUCAUCCACCAAGGCUACUACGCCAAAUGGUGCCAUGUCUCUCCUGAAACUAGCGAGCAGCAAAGGGACCUUGUCAGCCAUAUUUUUGUUACCACUGGAUCAGGCAGAAAGUUCAAGGUUAACUGAUGCAGGGAACAUAUCAGCACAAAUUCUUAAUAACAUUGAUGUUGCCUCCCACUGUUAUCCAGAGUUGCUGUUUAUAUGCCUAUCCUGUGAUGGAGGAGACAACGCUUGCUCAGCAAGACAAAAAAUGGGUCUCAAGGGCCUAUCAAUAAAUUGGUCCCAACAAAAUGAAAGCAUUUUUGAUUUUAAACAAUUUGUGCAGCAACUAGAUAGCAUACUGCUGUCAAAUAAAGAUCCCAUUCUAAGCUUUACCAACAUUACAUCUGACGUAUCGAAAAAUAGAGUCAAAGUAAUACCUGAAAGGCUGGAGUACAUGUUACCAGCUUCCAAGAGAGAAGUUGCUGAAAUUGGAUGGAAUUUGAGGAAUCAACACUACAUUUAUGAAAUGUCAACUCUCUGUCCAGAGUGGAAGGAAGUUAAAGAUGCAACACCUGUAUUCUUGGUGUCAGGAAUCUAUUCAUGUUACGAACGUCAUAGAGAACUUGCCAAUAAAAUUAUGUUCCCACUAUUUAAUAUUCAUGCAACACCACUUAAAUCUACAAUUGAGGAGUCUGCUGAAGACAUUAUUCAGGAAAUAAAAAAAAUCUGGCCAAAGGGUGUUUAUUUACUAAUAGGUGACUCAUAUGGAGGUGUGUUGGCCCUAGAGAUAGCAGCAAAAUUAGAGAAGAAUGGAGACACAGUGAACCUAUUUCUUCUUGAUGGAGAACCUAAAGCAUUAAAAACGGCUGUCAAAACCCUUGGAGAAGGCCCGCAGUUGCAAAGUAACAUCAUCCACAGACUGUUACGAGUUUCAUCAGAAAAGGAAUUGUCCCAGUUGUCAGACUGGGAUGCACGCCUGCAGUAUGCACUAUCAGUUACAGACUUUUCAUCAAGACUAGAAAAGCAACUGGUAGCUGAAGGAAUGACUGCAAUACUGAAGUAUUUGUCAAUGUUACUUUCCUAUGAGCCAAAUUAUGAACUGUAUGCAAAUACUUCCCUUGUGGUACCUGAGUUUUUAGAGGAAGAGAACUGUGGACUCUAUGAGCUUUGCAAGGAGAACCUCAGAAUUUACCCUGUUGGGAAGGACUAUGAAACCAUGGUGAAAAGCAAAGAUGUUGCAAGACUAGUAAAUUUCACAUCAAUUAUUUAAAAAUGCCCAGAACAAGAUGAAUUUAUGUACUUAAGAUAUGAACUUGAAGUAAAUACUUGGAAUUCCAUUCUCUGAAUUUCAUAAAUGUGAAUAAAACUUAUUUUAUUAUA